AUGUCAGAUAAUAAUAAUAAUAAUAAUAAUAAUAAUAAUAAUAAUAAUAAUAUGGAUAAUAAUAAUAGUGAUACGUUUUUAAAAAUUUGGAGAAAUCAAUAUCUUCAAAAUCAAAUAUUUAAAUCAAUUGAAAUAUUAAAUUAUGAAGAAUUAUUAAAGAAUGAUAAUUUAAUGUAUAUUGGUAAUAGAAAAAAGAUUGGAGAAAUUAGAACAUUAGGAUUUUUAGUUAAAAGAAAGUUAUGGAGAAUUUUAAAGAUAAUGAUUGAAAAUGACGAAUAUUUGGUAUUUACAGAGAAAUCAGUAAAGAAAUUUUUAAGGAAUUGCGGUGAUGCUCAACUAAUGAAAUUGGUAUUAAUUAAAAAGAAAUCAGAAAUUGAAUGCUUGGUUAAUGCUUAUAGAUUUUUAAUCGAUGAACAUUUAAUGUGGCAAUUAGAGUUGGUCGAUAAAGAAUUAUCUGAAGGUUCAAGAUAUGAAUAUAUACCAGGCACUAUUCUAGAUACAGCCAUUCGUUCAGGGUCAUUAGAAGCCAUCAAAUAUGUCUAUGAUAACAUCAGUCAAGAGUAUGACCAAGAUAUAGCAAUCUAUAAUUGUUUUUACGGUAAUAACCAUCUUCGCUGUCCAGAUAAAACCAUCCCAUUUUUACAAGAGUACUGCAAUUUUAAAAUUAGAAGCAAUAUCCAUAGUUCUCUAUGUAUACCAUGGGUUGAUGUUAAAAGGAAUAUUAAAAAUGAAGAUUUCAAGAGAGAACUCUUUGAAAAGAAAUAUAUCUUAGACUAUAACCCCAUCUCUAUUUUAGAACUUCAAAAUGCCCUUGUCGAUCCAGAAACUAUUCAGUUAGAAAUGGAGAUUUUUUACAAAAAGAAUCCAACUUGGGAAGUACCAGCAGGCCUCUAUGAAAGAACUCUUUCGAAAGAUGAACUAAUUGACAUCUUUUAUAUGGAUUUGUUGGCCAAACAUUUGUUUUCUGGCAAUCAAUUUGACUCGUCAACUAAAACUAGAGUGUUUACCCAUUAUUUAUUUGACCAUAAAAAAUCAAGAGAUCUCACCAAACUAUACCCAUUGGUCACAAAUGGUCCUUCAAGAUUUUUAAUACCAUAUGCCAUAAAAAUGUUUGAUAUCGAGUUGUUAAAACAAGUAUUAGAAGAUCCCAUAUUACCAUUUUUCGAGCCAGGUUUUCCAAUAAUAGAAUUUUUUUUAAUCCCUAGCAACCCUCAUAAUAAGCCCCUAAAUUUAAAUGAAUUCAUUGGUUCUUUUUUCACUGACCCAAUACUAUUACAAACAAAUAACACCAAUCCAUUUAAAACAUAUGCUUUGCUUUCAAUUAUUCAACUUUACCCAAUGAAUGCCAUCAGAGAAGCAUUUCAUACAUUUAAUCAAUUAAUUCAACAACAUGGGGAGCACACAAGACCAGCCAAUAUACCUAUCAAUCACCGUAGAAUCGAAACCACGAAUAAGGAUACUAACCACCUUAAAGAAUUACAACAAUUUUUAAAUGAAAAUUAUCAUUUACUAGUUAAUGGCCCUCCAAAUGAAAGUUUAAAAAUAUAUAUGGAAACUCCAAAUUCAAAUAUAUCACAACACAAAAAAAAUGAUAACGAUUUCAUUUUCUGCAACAAUCAGCUAUCAGAUUAUGAACAAGUGUUACUAAAAAAUGAUAUGAUUCAAUUUUUUAAAAUACUAAACCAAAUAAAACAAUACCAACCCUCAUUCGUACCAACAUUCCAUCAAUAUAUUAUAAAAUCGCUUGCAAAAUUUUCCAGUACUCAAACUAUUAAAACCCUAAUUCAAGAUUUCAACUCUUUCAAUAAUCAAUUCGACAUGACACUAUUAUUAAAGGCAUCUUAUAAUAAAGGAAAUUAUCAAGUAACCAACUAUUUAAUUGAAACCAUAUGCAGCAAUCAACUCAACGAAGAUAACAUCAACAAAAAUGAUUUGAUUCUUUCCUUUGAUGAAAUUAUAGUUGGCAAUUCCUCGUCACUUUGCCCAUUCUCAAAAGGUGACACUCAAACCAUUCAAUACAUGCUCAGCAACGAAUAUUAUAAAAAUAAUUUCAAAAGCCUAUCAAAUUUCGAACUGAUGAUCAACAAACUUUUAACCACUGGUAAUUUAAAAUGCUAUCAAGAGCUAUUAAAAUUGGAUCUAUUACCACCAUUAGAAUCCUUAAGUAAUGGUGUUAGUGAAGGUAAUUUUGAAAUAUCAACAAAACUAUUCAAUGGUCUUGUCAAUUCUGGAAGAGUCACCAUUUUAAACCACUUUUUAAAAUUAAACCAAAUUCCUCUUGAAGCAAUUCCACCAAUAUUCAACCAUCAAUUGUACCAUUUUAAUCUCUUUGAAUCCCAUCAUUUUUUAAGAUACCAUUUUAAUGAAAUUAUCGAUAAAAAUGACAGUGUAUCAAUACAAAAUAAUCAAAAUCCUCAAUGCAAUAUUAUGUAA